CACUCGCAUCUGCUUGCUUCAUUUCAGAUCCAAGAACCCUUCUAUCUUUCUUUUCUUUUCUUUUCUUUCUUGGAUUCUACCCUCUCCAUCUCCAUCUCCAUCUCUCUCUUCCCCGCGCCAUUGUCUGGAGGGCAUUCCAACUUCAGCACCGCUACCCUCUCUCUCUCUCCACUGCACACAAAAGGAAAGGUGAACAGCAACUGAAGUGAUCUGUCCAUACCCAUCACCACCCAGUUUCUUGCCUUUUGCGAAACAAUGCCUCCACUUUCCUGAGCCCUUCCCCCCUCCGCUCCGUUGGGUACAUUCUUGUGUUUGGAUCGGUCCUGCUGGUUCUUUCACCUUUCCUUCUUCUUCUCUCCAAGAGGGUGUUUCAACACCCCUCUCUCUCUCUCUCUCUCUCUCUCUCUCUCUCGCGUUUUCGAUGGCGGGGGAGGAUGGGCUGAGAUCGAGAGAGGUCUCUGCAAUGAUAAAGCAAGGUUUCAUCCCCAGCCAGGCUCUCUCCUUCUCUCCUUCAAGAGCCACGGCCAAUGCUCCUUCUCUGGCAAGAGGGGCUCUUGGCUCUCCCUCCUCUUCUCCUUCCAAGACCCUCUCGUCCCCUUCGCCACCCCGCUUCUUCGCCUCCUCCUCCUCCUCCUCCGCCGCCGCCUCCGCGUCGGCUCAGCAGGUCCUUACUCGCCCGACCCUCUUCGAGAUGAUGUCCCAAGAACAGCACCGCCUGGAGUCCUCCAAUGCCCUCAAGUCCAGACUAUCGAAGAUCCUGUCCAAUGCCCCGUUCGUCAAUAACGUCGUGGCGAACGGUGUCGAAUGGAAUGGUGAUCUGGGGUUUGGAUCGGGCGAUGUGAGGCUCACGGUGGUCUCGCGGGACGGGUUCAGGGUUUCCAUGGACGUGCACAGGCGGGUUUUGUCGGAGAAGAGCCGGUACUUCGCCGAGAAGUUGAGGCGGGACGGAGGGGUUUCGCAUGCCGUGGACAUUGAGAUUAGUGAAUGUGAUGAUCUUGAGGUGUACGUCGAGACAGUGGUUCUGAUGUACUCGGAGGAUUUGAAGAAGAGAUUGAUUGGAGAGGGUGUUGAUAAAGUUUUGGGUUUGCUCAAGGUAUCUUCUGCUAUUAUGUUUGACAUCGGGAUAACUGCGUGCUUGGAGUAUUUGGAAGCUGUUCCAUGGUCCAAUGAUGAAGAAGAGAAAGUUAUAUCUCAUCUUAGGCAACUUCAGCUUCACGACUCAGCGGCUGAAGUUCUGCACAGAGUGUCAGCUGAGCCAUCCACAUCUUCAAGAGCUGAUGAUAUCUUCUUAAGACUGUUGAGUGGGGUUUUGCAGGCUAAGGAUGAUAAAGCUCGCCGAGAAAUGAAGAGCUUAAUUUCACGGUUGCUGAGGGAAGAAGCAUCUGAUUGCAGCAGUAGUCUUGAUGUCUCUCGAGGCAGUCUUUAUCAUCUUUGCCAUCGAUGUCUUAGUUCUCUUACUCUAUGCCUAUCUGAAGCUGCAGGGCCCGAUGAAAACAGGCGAGAUAGAGGGACUAUGAUGGCAGAGAUAGCCCGGGAGGCUGACAAUAUGCAUUGGAUUGUUGAAAUUCUAAUUGACAAAAAUAUGGGAGAUGAGUUUGUGAAGUUAUGGGCAGAUCAGAAGGAACUUGCCAUUCUUCAUUCAAAAAUACCUAUCGUUUAUCGACAUGAAAUUAGCCGAAUAACUGCACAGCUUUGCGUUGCAAUGGGGAAAGGACUUAUCUUGGUGCCAAAAGACACUCGUCUUUCUUUGCUCUCUACAUGGCUUGAAGCCCUCUAUGAAGAUUUUGGAUGGAUGAGGAGGGCUUCAAGAUCAUUGGAUAAGAAGCUACUUGAAGAUGGCCUUGGACAAACGAUUCUGACCCUUCCCUUGCCACAACAGCAAGCUAUUUUUCUCAAUUGGUUUGAUAGAUACUUAAACAAGGGAGACGAUUGUCCCGAUAUUCAGAAGGCAUUUGAGAUUUGGUGGAGAAGAGCUUUCAUAAGGCAGCAUGGGCCUGAACUGAAUAAUUCUCAUUUGCAAAUAACUGUAUGUGGAUACCCAAACUGAAUAAAGCCACAGAGAAUCAAUUGUACAUGCAAUUUUUCAGUCCUUGUCUGUUUUGCCUAUUAUUUGAGUUGAGAUACGUAUGAUGCUGAGGAUAAUUUUACAUUAUUACCACAUCGGAAGUUGAAUUGGCAGGCAUCUUAGAAGCAAAGGACAGUGCUUUAUUACCUUUGGCAUACUCCAUAGCAGGUAAGGGGGCAUGUCAGGUUUAUCAGAAGUUCCAUAAUUCUCAAUCCGGGUUAGCAGCAACCUUGAUCUUUGAAGUUCUCGAACAACGUUCAUCUAGUCCACCUGUCCGAAUUCUCUCCGUUAGUCCUUAAAUUGUUGUCAUCAUUCUCUGAGGGCACUUCUUGACACUCUUAAUUAAGUUCACCAAGCUGCUUGGUGAACUGUCAAAUUGACGUAGUUGUUCAAGACUAAGGGGCAUUGAUCAUCUGAUUCAAACUUUGUGACCCCAUAGCCAUAAAUUCAUUACAAAUAUGCUGUGUUCACGCUCCUGGAUCUGAUUUCUAUUUCUUAUUCAUCUCAUCUACGUUGUAAGGUGAGACUCAUCCUUCUGGCAAAAAUGAAAAAAGGGUAAGAAACAAAGGAUUAUCCUUCACAUACGUGUUACAUCAUACCCUGUCAUUAUAGCUUCUCCAUUGAAUACAAGCCUACAUUUCCAUAAAUUAAAUUUCCAACUAGCUAGAAACCAAUUUUUUUCCCCUUUGCUUUUUCCUCCACCUCACUGUAUGCUGGCCAAAAAGUUCUGCGAUUGUUCUUCAAGACGGAAACCGGCCUUCUUGGAGUCAUCUGCAGACCAUAUAAAAAUUCCAUGAAGUUUCCGGAGGCGUUUAAGUCGGCCACAAGCCUCAAAGAAACCAUUUGCUGGGGAUAGACCCCCACUUCCAUCAGUACCGAAGCUCACCAACACCUUUGCAUCUCUGUAGUUGGAGCUCUGAUCCUCGAAAUACUUCAUAAACUGAGAAACUGUGGUUCCUUUGUCAUACGCAUAGAAUUGAAAAUUGACAUAGUCUAUGAGAUGUCCAUACUUCUUCCACAGAGCCAAAUAGUUUGACUGAACAGUGUCAUUGUCAUAAGGUGCUAUUGAGGCGAAUGACACUAUCUUGUUCUGUUUUAGGCGGGUUAAAAGUUGACCGAUACACUCUGCAAAUGUGUCUGGAUCUGAACUGAAGUGUUCGUAGUCAAUAUCAAUGCCAUCCAGUUCAUACUCUUUUGAGAUUCUUGUGAGUGAAGCGACGGCAUUGCUGACCCAUGAAUUGAUCGACUUCGGAGCAAAGUGAACUGGUUUGUUGUUGCCUAUGGUGUCCCCUCCGAGACUCAUAGCUACCUUCACAUUUGGUUUGUGCGCCUUGAUUGAGGCAACAGCAGAAGGGCCGAGAUUUUGCAUGUCCCAGUAGACAUUGAAGUCGCCAUUUGUCGGAGACAGUGAGGUUGAGUAAUCUAUGGCGAAAGAGAGAAUGAAGUGGAAUUCGACGUCGUGAUUAAUUGGUACGUCGGAAAACUUAACAUUAUUUCCUUCCGCUCCUAUGUACUCCCUGAAGAGUUUUGAGUUUCCUGGGGCAGCAUGGAUUAUUGGGACUGCGAAGAGAAAAACUUGAGAAAUGAGAGGUAGAAGAAGGAUUUUUUUCAUUUCCAUGGAUGUCAGAUGGGGUCGUUCAGUUUUCUGAUGGGCAUAUAUAUAGAGAAACAAGCAAGGUUAGAAUAAUUAUCUGUUGGCAAUGCAUUCUUGGCUUUGUUCUGGUGUUACAUUGUUAUCUCAAGAAUCCAAUUUUGGCUGUCAAUGCAUUCAACAUUGUCUGA